AUGAUGGCGCUUAAUGAGGAGUAAGGAGAAGUAUGCAUGUAUGUAUGUAUGUAUAUGUAUAUAUGUAGAAAGAAAGAUGGUGUGACUCGAUUCAAAGCAGACGAUGCGGUCGGCUCUUUCGUUUCUCUCCCCGAUUCAAAGCCGGUUCUCUCUCUUUCUCUCUUUAGACGUCCUUCAACUCAACACGUUUUUCGCCAUUGGAUCUCUGUUGUAUGUAUAUCUUUUGUGGACAAUUCAAAGCCGGUUCUUUCCAUUUUCUAAUAUUGGUUUUCAAAUCUUUUACCAUCUUUGUCACCGCCCUUUCCUUCUCCCCCUUCCCUCUCCGAGAUUCCUCAAUUGAAUUCGGAUUUCUGGAUCCUUCCAGCAACUUUAAAUGGACAAUGUAGAUAUUGAAGGAUCCGACGACAAUGAUUUGCCCUCCUCGUCUUCUCAGGGACGAGGACGCAAGUACAGGCCAGUCGUUGCGCACGACGAUGAUCGUGCCGUUGUCGAGAUGUCCUCUAUCGAUCUUGGAUCUUCUUCUGCUUCUCCAUUUCCUGGACGUGGCAAUAGCCUCAAGAAAAAAGUAAGUACUCAACCUAGCAUGGGUGCUGAUGGGAGAUUACCAACUCAUGUAUCUGUUAAUGGUCCGGAGAGGGAAUCAAAAUUGGAGUUGUUUGGGUUUGAUUCUCUGGUGAAUAUUUUAGGCUUGAAAAGUAUGACAGGGGAGCAGAUUCCAACAACUAGCCCUAGAGUUGGGGGAGAUGCUUCUGCAACUCUAGGUCAUCCUAAGACACCAGGUCUGAAACUUGGGACAAUGAUGGGAGUGUUUGUGCCAUGCUUGCAAAAUAUUUUGGGGAUUAUCUAUUACAUUCGAUUUUCCUGGAUUGUUGGUAUGGGAGGAAUAGGACAGUCGCUGUUGGUAGUCAUUUUUUGUGGUUCGUGUACCUUUCUCACGUCAAUAUCUUUGAGUGCUAUUGCCACUAAUGGUGCAAUGAAGGGAGGGGGGCCUUAUUACUUGAUUGGUCGAGCCUUGGGUCCCGAAGUUGGAGUGAGCAUUGGACUGUGUUUCUUCCUUGGGAAUGCUAUUGCCGGUGCUCUCUAUGUGUUAGGAGCUGUAGAAACUUUUCUAAAGGCGGUACCUGCAGCUGGACUUUUCCGAGAAACUGUUACAAAAGUGAAUGGCACAACUGUUGCACAGCCAAUCUCAAGUCCAAGCUUGCAUGACCUGCAAAUUUAUGGAAUCAUUGUGACCAUCAUCCUAUGCUUUAUUGUCUUUGGUGGUGUCAAGAUGAUCAACCGUGUUGCUCCUGCUUUUCUGAUACCUGUUCUGUUGUCGAUCAUCUCUAUCUUUAUUGGGAUCUUUUCAGCAGGGAAAGAUAACCCAGCACCUGGAUUCACUGGCUUGAGUUUGCACACUAUCAAGGAGAAUUGGGGUUCGGACUACCAAUUUACUAAUGAUGCUGGAAUUCCAGACCCUAAAGGAGAAGUGUAUUGGAGUUUCAAUGCAUUGGUUGGACUCUUUUUCCCUGCUGUAACGGGUAUUAUGGCUGGUUCAAAUCGGUCUGCAUCUCUGAAAGAUACUCAGCGAUCCAUUCCUAUUGGAACUCUAACUGCAACUCUUUUAACUUCUGGUCUAUACCUUGUUACUGUGAUAUUUUUUGGUGCUCUUGCUACCAGAGAGAAGCUUUUGACAGACAGGCUCUUAACUGCCUCAGUUGCGUGGCCUUUUCCAGUAAUUGUUCAGAUUGGUAUUAUUCUUUCAACAUUGGGAGCAGCUCUUCAGAGCCUAACUGGCGCUCCACGUCUGCUUGCAGCAAUAGCCAAUGAUGAUAUCCUACCAGUGCUUCAUUACUUCAAAGUUCCAGAAGGGCAAGAGCCUCAUUUUGCUACUCUUUUUACUGCUUUCAUCUGUGCUGGAUGUGUCAUUAUUGGAAAUCUUGAUCUUAUCACUCCGACCAUCACUAUGUUCUUCCUCCUAUGUUAUACCGGUGUGAACUUGUCUUGCUUUCUUCUUGAUCUCUUAGAUGCUCCUAGCUGGCGUCCUCGGUGGAAAUUUCACCACUGGAGCCUCUCCCUUCUUGGGGCAGUUCUUUGCAUAGUUAUCAUGUUUCUGAUAUCUUGGUCCUUUACUGUGGUCUCCCUAGCAUUGGCUAGUCUUAUAUAUUACUACGUUAGCAUUAAGGGAAAGGCUGGUGACUGGGGAGAUGGUUUCAAGAGUGCAUACUUUCAAUUAGCUCUUCGCAGUCUUCGAUCUUUAGGAGCAAACCAAGUCCAUCCUAAGAACUGGUAUCCAAUUCCUCUUGUAUUCUGCCGGCCAUGGGGCAAGUUGCCAGAGAAUGUACCAUGCCAUCCUAAACUGGCUGAUUUCGCUAACUGCAUGAAGAAGAAGGGUCGUGGGAUGUCCAUCUUCGUCUCGAUUCUGGACGGAGACUACAUAGAAUGUGCUGAAGAAGCCAAGGCUGCUUGCCGGCAACUGAGCACAUAUAUCGAAUACAAACAAUGUGAAGGCGUUGCAGAAAUUGUGGUGGCCCCAACAAUGUGGGAAGGGUUCCGUAGUGUGGUUCAGGUAAUGGGGCUUGGAAAUCUAAAACCCAAUAUUGUUGUUAUGAGGUACCCUGAAAUAUGGAGACGGGAAAACUUAACAGAGAUUCCUGCCACAUUUGUGAGCAUUAUCAACGACUGCAUUGUAGCAAACAAGGCGGUGGUUGUGGUGAAAGGGCUCGACGAGUGGCCGAACGAAUAUCAGAGGCAGUUCGGGACAAUUGACUUGUAUUGGAUUGUUCGCGACGGAGGACUCAUGCUUCUGCUAUCACAACUCUUACUAACGAAGGAGAGUUUCGAGAGCUGUAAGAUUCAAGUGUUCUGCAUUGCGGAAGAGGAUUCAGACGCGGAAGGAUUGAAAGCGGAUGUGAAGAAGUUUUUGUAUGACUUGAGGCUGCAAGCGGAGGUUAUUGUUAUAUCGAUGAAGUCGUGGAAUGUUCAGGUGGAAGGGGAGAACGAUUCGGUUGAGGCGUUUACCGCCGCGCAGCAAAGGAUCGCCAGUUACUUGACGGGAAUGAGGGAUAGAGUUAAGAAGGAAGGGGGACCGUUGAUGGCAGAUGGAAAAGCGGUUACGGUUAACGAACAGCAAGUGGAGAAGUUUCUAUAUACUACGUUGAAACUGAAUUCUACCAUUCUGAGAUACUCGAGGAUGGCGGCGGUGGUGCUGGUUAGUUUGCCGCCACCGCCGAGGAAUCAUCCGGCAGCUUUUUAUAUGGAAUAUAUGGAUUUGUUGGUGGAGAAUGUGCCUAGGCUUUUGGUUGUACGAGGAUAUCAAAGAGAUGUUGUCACCUUGUUUACAUAGAAUAGAAAAUAUAUAUACUUCAUUCUUUUAUUUGACCCCCACUUAUUCAAAUUUUUGCUUUUUUCUUAUAGAAAUUUUAGUUUUGUUUUUAAAACAUCUUGUUGUAGCUAAUUAAUGUUUGAUUCAUUCUUUUAGUGUCCGUUUUAUCAAUUUUAUAAUACUUAAAAAGGAGUUCUCUAUUAUGU